AUGGAUGGUUUUGAAAUUACUAAUGGAGUUGUUGAUAAUGGAAAUAAUCAAAUUAAAUGUUUAGUAUAUUCAAAAAUUCUUGAAAUUGAUAACAAUUUUAUAAUUGUAAAUAAUAAAAAAUAA